GACAGUGACACAAUGACAGCACUCCAAAUUUUUUCUUGUAAUUGAAAUUCGUAAUAUAAUUAAAUAAAUGUAAUUUGAAUUAAUCCCAAGUUUAGUGUAAAUGUGAAGGUAUCUUUUUAUUAAUAAUUUUGAAUGAAAUUCCUCAGCCAAUUAUUUUUUACAGAUUUUGAACGACUAAUGUUUAUAAUAACUUUAUUUAACAAUAAACUUUUAAUAACAUCGUCUGUGGUUUUGGGGACAGUUAUCCUCUAUCGAUUUUUAAAACAUAAGACAGUUUCCAUAGCGAGGAUGUCAAAAUUACCUUCCCCUGAAGGAAUGGACGAAAUGAUGACAGGUGAACAAGAUUGUCUUGUACCAAAGACUACAGACACUUUCACCCUCGGAAAACUAAUAGGAUGUGGCUCGUACGCCAAUGUAUACAAAGCUAUCCAGAAGGAUACAAGAUCCGUGAUAGCUAUAAAAUUCUACAAAAUGAGGAAGAAGACUUCAUCUGAAAUAUGUCGUACAGCUGUUGAAAUGGCUUUUGUCAAGUUUCUACAGCACCCCAACAUUAUUAAAUUUAUACUUUGUGAUAUUAAAUGCCGGUACAUAUAUUUAGGAAUCGAAUAUUCCUGCUUUGGUUCCCUUCAAAAAGCGAUUCCAAAGGACCACACAGCUCCAGAAGGAGUAGUACAAAUACUGAUGAAGCAGUUAAUAUCUGCACUCGUUUAUUUACACAGCAUGUCCAUUAUGCACGGAGAUGUUAAACCAGAGAAUAUAAUAGUAAUCAGAAUAGAUCCAGAUCCUUUAAUAAAAUUAAGCGAUUUUGGGUUAGCCGAGAUAUUUUUUAAUUGUGAUGAAAAAGGGAAGAAAAUCGGCUCGUUUUUGUACAUGGCGCCGGAAUUGCAUUUAGGUUUUCCCUAUGACCUAUCUACAGAUUUAUAUUCCGCAGGCGUUGUUAUGUAUGAAUUACUUUACGGAAGAACUCCAUUUCCUUCUCAAGCUACCAAAGACAAUUACAUUCAACUCUUGAGGAAACGCAUCCCCAUUCAGUAUCCUCAAGUAAUUACUGCCCAAUUAUCCACUACCUGUGUUAACCUGUUACAAUCACUGUUGCAAUACGAUAAGCAGAAAAGGCCUUCCAGUGAGGAGCUCGUCGGGCAUCCCUUUUUAGAUUUAAAAAACGAGUAUUUAGUCAAUAAAGACAAUCACUACAUCAUGGGCUGCGAUUGCCUCAUGAAAAGCGUGAAACUAGUCGCCGAGAAGAAAUUCGGCCAGGCUUACGUGGAAGCGACAGAAGCCAUACUGCAUUUAAAAAUAUACGCGAAAACUAUUUUAUCCGACGAAGGAAUGUUUGCUUAUUUACUGCAAAACAUCCAUUACUAUUCGUGUUAUUUGUCGCAAAUUGAAAUUAGGAUUAUGAUUGAAAGAGACUACGAGCCGAUCAACAUGCCUAUGCUUUCUGAAAGACUUAGGUGUAUGUUGUCUUCUACGCCAGCAUUGCUUACUGGAUACGACAUGUGUUUAGUAGGAGAAAUGUACAUUAACCAAGGCAAAAAUGAAGAGGGUGUAAGAAAGUUGAAGGAUGGUUUGGAAGUUUUAUUCAUGAAUAUUCGUCAGGAGCCUCUUGGUGAUAGAAGGAUAAGGCUGUUAAAAAAGAUGAAGCAGUGGGUGAACUUGUUAGAAAACUUAGGCAGCAAUGCAGGACAUGUGGAAGAAUGCGUAAAUGUAGAAGAGCCUGAUAAUGAAGCGAAAAAUUAAUCGCCAUUUUCUAUCGUUGAAUUGUUUUAUAUUUAUAUAUGUAGUUUUCGUUAUUGUUAUUUCAAUUUGAUUGCCAAUUUGAUUAAGUACUUUCUAAGAAUGUAUUUAUACCUAAGCGUUGUUGUUGAUUAAUUUAGCAUAGUAGAAAAUAUUUUCCUACGUUUUAAAUAUUUCAUACAAAACAUGGAUCUAAUAGACUGAAUCUAAUUUAUAAUUUUCAAAACGAACAAAAGAUGCAAACACGAAUUAAUUAGAAUAAGCAAUAGGCCUAUAAAAUAGUCAACAUAAUAUAUAUUUUUAUCUAUUUAUUUAAAACAAGUUAAGACAUUAGAGAUUAUGGGUACCUGCGUAUUUCAAUGAAAAAUUACAGAAGGCUGUGGAAUGUCAAGUGCAUGUUUGAAUAUUUUUACUUAAAUAAAAUGUAUUGUUUGAGAAGCAA